AGGGGCUAGUAUACAUGUAUGUAUAUGUGAAUAGCUAACAGAUAUGUACAUGAAGUAGUGACCCAGCAUAUGUAUUUGCGAUAAUUUGGGCAGCUCUUUGGUAACAAUCUGUUUAGGCCAUGAGAAGUCAUGAGUUAAAGAUUUGCAUCCACUGUCCGCGUGCUCUUAAUGCUUAUAAAUCUACAAAAAUUUCCAUCAUUUACAGAGAAAGGUUGUCCGUCAUACAUUCUAAGCUGCAAUUUAUUCUGCGUUUGGUGUCGUUGCCCACCCAGCCCAAAGGUAAAGCUGCAACCAAGGGCCAGAAGCAGAUUGUAGAGGACAACAAGAAAACUUUGAUCUUCUAUCGCAACAUCAUGUUUGGCGCCAGUGCUGCAUAUGUUGUCGUCCGGCUAUUGUGGUGGCUGGAGUCGUUCUCAUGGCUACAAUGGUGUUUCCUGAUCUUUGCAUCGGCCGUGUACAUCGGGUGCUACCAGUUCAUGGCUUUCAUGGCCCGAGCCAAGUAUUCUUCCACUGGUACUCUAUUAGAUGGCGGUGUGGAUCUCAACAUGGAGCAAGGAAUGGCAGAACACGUGAAAGACGUCAUGUUGGUGACUGCUGUCCUGCAGGUCCUAAGCAUCCUUUGGGACGCCUUCUGGCUCCUGUGGCUGGUGGUGCCUGGCCGGGCCUUCUACCUGGUCUGGACCUCCAUCCUGGCCCCCUGGUUCUUUGCACCGGCGCCCGAGGUGGACGAGAAGAAGCAGAGGAAGAUGGAGCGGAAGAUGCAGAGGAGAUGAUGACAGCUCCAACCACAAGAGGCCUUUUAGGACAAAACAAAUUCGACUGAAUGACUAUCCUUUUCUUUUUAAAUAAGUGUGAAUUUAUAAUGUGGAAAUGGCUCUGAUAUUGUUUGCAAGUGCUCAUUGGUACAUCCAGGGCAGUGGUUUCCCAUCCAAUAUCGGCGGUGCUGCGUAUUACCUCUAAUAUCUUGGCAUUUGUACAGGCUGUGAGCUAGUUGGAAUUGUCUGGCAGCAGGGCCUUUGCACAUUGGCAGAAAAAGCCGGCAAACAUCUUCAACAGCCCACGUUGCGACAUGAUUAAAAAGUCCCUAACCUCAUCGUGUAUGAUGGCAUUUAUUUGACACUGCAUGUGAAAGAGUGUUGCAGUUGAGAAUGUAAAUGUGAAUGUCGUUGGAAAUAGGACCAUACUGAGGUCAUUCACAGUCCCUGGGGGUGAAUAGGUGUGCACUAGACCAUGCUGAGGUCAUUCACAGUCCCUGGGGGUGCAUAGGCGUGCACUAGUGACCUCUUAUUGCCAGUCCGUAUAUGUAUAAUACUGUGCGUUCCAAAAAGGGAAAUUUUUUCUCUGCAUGCUCACAUAGUGAAGUAGCCUAUACAAUUUUUUUACAAGAAAAAAUGAGAAUGUUAUAAAAUCUUUAGAUAUGUAUUCAUUUCACUUCUCACCCAGACCCAGUACUUUCCCUUGCCAAUUAUGCCUUGUAAGUGAAAGAAAAUUUACUGCAAAUUGUAAGGAAAGUUCAACAGUUGCUGUGUCAAGGAAAUGAGCAUCUUGAACAUUUUUUAUAAAAAACAUUCCGAAUAGAAAAAAAUUGAGAUUGCACUUCGUAUGAAAUUUAAAUUGCAUUCACUGUUAUUCAAGAAAUUUUUGCAUCCUCGAAGCUCUGGUAAAGUUAGGUUCGACAACCCAUCAUCUCAAGUUAUUUUCAAUAAUGUGCAAUAAAGGUCAAUAAGGUUCUCUGUAA